UUUUGAAUGUCAGUGGGCCAUGAGGGCCACGGCACGGCGCACAUCACGUCGCGUAUCCCGCAUGCCGUCAAUGCGUCAGGCGGCGCGGAAUGCGCGCGCAGUUUGAUUCAAAGCGCCAAUACCGUGCUGCAAGUCGACCACGCGCCUCGCUCUGCCGAAUAUCGACGCGCAAACGUGAACACACACCCGGAAUAUUGUUCAAAAAUAGUGAUCAAAUCCACAUUUUGUGAACAACAAAACAAAAACAUCUGAGGAGACCGCUAGUGGUUGGAGACUCCGCUGUGUUGGAAUAUAAUUUUUAAACGAUUUGAAUGUUAAGAAUCGAGCGAUAGUCCGUUAGUGAUGGGCGUGCGAAGCGGGCGGAUUAGAGGCCACAGAACGGGCGGAUAGCGGAGAGCAGUCGGCAUGUGGUUGCGGGCUGCGCGGGCGCUGAGAAGCGUGCGGCGGGCGAUAUUGCUUCUGCCGCUGGCGCUGACCGCACUGGCGCUGCUGCUGAUCCCGCGCCCGCCGCUACUCGACCAUCCCGAACGCAGCCCGAGCCCGCCGGCGCCGGCGCCGCCACUGCCCGUCGAACACCUCCAGAACAUAUUAAUAGAGAAAGAUGAUUCGGAAGAGAGAGACGAUAUCCAUGACGAAGACGAAGUCUCUAAAAGACCGUGGUACAUGCGUGGCGGGGAACAGAUGCCAAAGAAACACGACCCUGACUUAGAUCUCUUUCCUGAGGAUGCUCCUGGAGACGACAGAGUUGUGCAGCAAUUGAUGUACAAGUUACCAAACGAAGACGUACCUGUGAAGCUGAUACUGCUCGCCAAUGGACUAGGUGCUUGGGGAGUGUCAGCAGGCCGCACGGAGUUCGUGAGGAAUAAGUGUCCUGUCAAUCGCUGUCACAUAACUGCUGACGCCCGCGAUGCUGCCACCGCCGACGCCAUCUUGUUCAAAGAUCACCAUACUCCCUUCAAUGUUCCAAGACCUCUUCACCAGAUUUGGAUCCUUUACUACCUAGAAUGUCCGUACCACACCGCGUCGCUACGGCCGGCUUCUAUAGAUGUGUUCAACUGGACGGCAACUUAUAGACGGGACUCCGACAUAGUGGCGCCCUACGAGCGGUGGGUGUACCACGACUCUUUGGUUACUGAGAAUAAGAUGGAGAGGAAUUACGCCGCUAACAAAACCAAAAAGGUCGCGUGGUUCGUGUCAAAUUGUCACGCUCGCAAUCGCCGUCUGCAGUACGCUCGCCAACUCUCCAAGUUCAUAUCUGUGGACAUCUACGGCGCUUGCGGUUCCCACCAUUGCCCGCGGACCGAUCCUAACUGCUUGGAAAUGCUCGAUAAAGAAUACAAGUUCUAUCUAGCCUUUGAAAACUCCAACUGCAGAGAUUACAUUACAGAGAAAUUCUUUGUUAAUGGUCUUCAACACAACGUAUUACCAAUAGUGAUGGGCGCCCGAGCGUCAGAAUAUGCGGCAGCGGCGCCCCACAAUUCUUACGUCCACGUGGACGAGUUCACCGGGCCGGAAGAACUGGCCGCGUACCUCCGACGUCUGGACGAAGAUGACACGCUAUACAACUCGUACUUCAAAUGGAAGGGUACAGGCGAGUUCAUAAACACAUACUUCUUCUGCCGCGUAUGCGCAAUGGUCCAUGCAAAUGACCAGCGCAAACGCAGCGCGCACUACAACGAUGUGCAGAGUUGGUGGCGGGACGGGGCUUGCACCCGCGGGGACUGGCGCACACAAGACAGCAGGGACAACGGCUAGAUUAACACUAACACACUUUCAUUGUCAAUGUCAGGCCACAUCCACUUUGAUCGUGAAACUUUAUGAUCUGCCUAUAGUCCCGAUUACGCUAAUAACGUUCUCGUUGAUUUAUUAUUAUACGAUUUUAUCCUUUGUGAUAAUAUGUGGCCAGUAGUUUAAAUUGUAAGUUUAAAGCUCAAUGUUUAAUUUUCUGUUAUCGAUAGCAUUGGUGACUGAUUCGAUAUCGCGUCCAUUAUGACAUUUAUAGUAAUUCCUACUUACUACAUAAGUACAUAAAAUGGUCGGAGUAGGUAGUGUACCUACGUACUAUUUUGUUAUCUACAAGACUUGAUAUAAAAGCAGUCUAGUAUUACAAUCGUUCAAGGUAAAAUAACAUUUAUAAGUAACUGGAUAAGAGUAAGUACCUAGUUCACACAAGUUUAAAAUAAAAUUUAACUUGUUGUUUUUAAAUAGGUACUACUGAAAACUGACGUGAGUCAACACAGAGAUACCUAUAUAUCCAUUGUAUUACUAUAUUCAUGGACUGUAAGGUACGAAAAUAAAACGGAUUAUGGCUCACGAGAUCGUGUUAACGACAAAAUCAGCUUCAAGAUAAUAUACAAUUUAAUUUUUUAUAGUUUUCACUUCUUAUACCUAUUGAACGUACUAAAGUAGGUACCCACUACGUAAAAUGGGAGACAGAAAAAAUACUUACCGCACAAAAGUGGGAUAAAUAUUAUUUGUAAAUAUUACAAUACAACAAUACAAUAUAGUGUACAUAUGUAGUAAUCAAUGAUAUAUAAGUAAAAAGUACCUACAAGUCAUUUAUUUUAAUUACUAAUCGGCACAAAUUGUGGAUGAAAUUAAUUGUACGAGUAUGUUCUUAGAUAUCGGCAAACACCUCAAUAUAAUUCAGGCUCCUACGGAUAUUACUAGAUAACAGCCUAAUUUUUUAAACGAUUUAGGUAUCAACAUAUUCUAGUCUUAGCGGUUACCAUAAACACAACAUUAGUUGCUGCUUUGAAAUAACAAAUAAUCGCUGUAAUUUAAACAGGCGCCGUUUGUUUCUAUCUAUUUAUUUUGAUGUUCUGGAAAAGUUUAUCUUAUUACCAUUCUCUUUUUAAUUGUUACCUGAAAGACGCACAUCUUAAUAAAUAUAAUAUUUUAUCAGUUGCACAAAAUAUUUUUGUUGUUUUUGACAUCGGUUAGGCAAAGAUUUUCUGGCACUUAACCAAGGCUUUUGACUGCAUUUCUCUGUAAGUAUUUAAUUAUAAUUAUAAUAGUAUAGGUAUGAUUGUUGCAAUUUGUGAUACGUUCCACGUGUUUAUAGCGUAUUAGCUGUUGCCCGCGACUUCGUCCGCGUACAUUUCGAGUUGAAUCUUGAUCAUACAGUCAGAUACAGACAGACAGACAAAAAAUGUAAAAAAUUCUCUAUCCGUUUCAGUCAAAAUAUUAAAUGUACCUACAGACAAAAUAUUUUUACUGUUUUAUUAUAUGUAUAGAUAAGUAGUCAAUUUGCUGUUGCAAUUUGCAGUGCAUUUCAUCAUUGUUAUGUUUGGUUUUUUUUUAUUUUAAGGCCAACGUUUGAUAAAAUUAGGUUUUAUUUGUGCAUAUGUAGAAAUACUUAGCUACUUACUAUACUUUACGCAUCUACAUAAAGUCAUAGCGUAGUAAAUAAUAACGAAUAAAAUGAAGACAUCGAUUUGUCGAUCUUAUCGGAUUCAUGGAAGACUAAAUGGAAGGAUUUCCAUCUCUUUUUACCCAUAAUUUCUUACCAAAAUUAAACAAUUUAGGAUAUGCUAAAUACCUACUGUUGAUUUUAAUGUAGGUAGCCAUUUCAUGGAAAGACCAAAAACAUUUUUGUAAUUUUAGCACGUUUCCAGGGACUUUGUUCGAUAUUAUGGGCCCAAUGUGCAAAAAUAUUGUUUGUUACAUAUACAAAAUGUACUUAUUUCUCGGAAUGUUAUUUAUUACAAUUAUAUAGAACUAUCCUGAUCUAUACAAACGUACUUAAUUAUUUAUAACACAGGGUAUUUAUUUUUAAGUUGAUUACUGUUUAAACAAAUUUAUGUUAGUAUUUUAACUAGUUUAUUGUAACCGAACCAAUCAUAACCUACUUCAAAGUACUAGGUGUAAUCGAUCGAAAGAUUGUUUUGUUUUAUAAAUAAAGUUACUAAAUAAAGUGUUAUGUUGCAUUUAAACUUUAUCAUACAUUCCAAUAACUACUUUAAUAAUUUUGCGACAUCUUUACCAUUUAAAAUGAAGAAAACCAAAGAACUUGUGCCUUGUCAAUAAGUUACCGAAACGACAACUACCAAGAUAAACAAAUGAAUGUGAUUCAUCAUUACCAGACUGUGAAAAUUAAAGCCACAGUCGAUUUGCUACUGAUGAAAACUCAUAAUUUUGCUAUUUUCAUUUCGCAACUUGCUUUAAAGCCUUUAACUCGUCUCGGUGCUCCCUUGGAGGAAUUAAGCAGAAAUUUAAAGUACAGUGGGCCACAUUUAUAAGUACUUAAACCACGGUGAAAAUGUCUACUACCUAAACUUGUACAUAGACCUGAUAUAGGUAGGCCCACUGGUCAUGGCAUUUGCAACGUUACGACGUUUGAGCAAUCCGAACCCCAAUCCAAGCGGUGAGAAUUUGAAUAUGGUGUAAUUUGUACACGUAGUUAGAUAUUUUUUUUUACAAUCGUGAGGAAUUUAAACUUAAAGAUGAAUAGAAUACUAACAAAGUAUUCUACAGUGCAUUUAUGUGUUUAAGUCAUACUUAAUUAACUUAUUAUGAAUAAGAUAAAAACAUCCAAAUUAAAGUGGCUGUGUAGAAAUUCAGUAAUAAGUAUGAGCACUAACACCAAUGUAAAAAUUGUUAUCUUUUAAUAAAUAUUUAUUAUGGAAAUAAUCGAAAAUCAAGUUAAAUCUUUGAUAAGUUAUAAAAAUCAGUAAUAUACCUACUUACAUAGCUAUCGGGUUUACAAUGUUCUUAAAUAUGUGGAAAAUAAUAUUGAUGUACCCGUGAAAAGUCAAACAAAAUCCUUGAAUUAUAUCUGUGUGUAUAUUGAAUGGAAUAAUGAAAAAUCUGUCGUGAAUACAUGUACCUUAAUAUUGUGGUCAAAUUAGUAACUGGGACAUCAUGCUUGUAAUGAAUCACUGAAAAAUUGUACUUAGUGAUCACUUAACUGUUCCAAAUAAAUUGAUUAAAAAAUUUAAA